CGCACUGCGCUCGCCGGGCGGCGGGGGGAAGGAGCCGGUCGGGGGGGAAAGAUGGCGGCGAGGUUGAGCGGCGGCGAGAACCGGCUGGUGUCGCUGCCCCUGUCGCGUAUCCGUGUGAUCAUGAAGAGCUCGCCGGAGGUGUCCAGCAUCAACCAGGACGCGCUGUUCCUCACCGCCAAAGCCACGGAGCUUUUUGUUCAGUAUUUGGCUGCAUACUCCUACAAACAUGGCAAAGGCAAGGAGAAGAAUGCUUUAACUUACAGUGACCUGUCUCAUACUGCAGAAGAGUGCGAGACCUUUCAGUUCCUUGCAGAUAUCCUGCCAAAGAAGAUCCUAGCUAGCAAAUAUUUAAAAAUGCUUGAAAAAGAGAAGCAAGAUGGAGAUGUGGGUGAAGAGGAUGAAGAGGAUGAGGAGGAAGAGGAUGAAGAUGAAGCUGUUGAAGAUGUUGGAUCUUAAGUCCGUGGAGAAUUGCUUCAUAGUUGAUCCAUUUUCUGUUUUGUAAAAGAUGUUAUUUUUGUGACUGAGAAUCCAGAUGCUGGAUAUAUUUAUACACUGAGCCAUCUGCUUUUGCUUUAAGAAGUUGAGAAAUUGAACUUUA